CAGCUUCUGUUCCAGUUAUGCCACAUAGUUUAAAGACGCAUCAUGAUGCGUGUGUUUAAAGUGUUGUUCGCGAUUGCUGCCAUCUUGUCGACCACAUUUGCGUGGCACGUGUGUCAAGAUGAACCAUUUUGUAAAGAGUUACGCUCCAGGAGUACUUCGAAAUUCACCGUUGAUUAUGACAGCUUUCAAGAAAACUGUUUUUCCGGCACUCUGGUAAAUUCAAUAAAUAACCAAAAUUAUGAUUUGAACAUCACUUUUCAUCAUGAUGACGUUGUGCGAAUCAGAAUCCGCGAGAGUAAUGCCGAAAUAAAACCAAUACCAAGCGCUCUUCUGGAUGAUCUUGUAGUUGGAAAGGUCUUUUGUUCUGUGGAUUGCGAUUCAAUUAGCAUUGUUGGGGGUAAUCACCAGGCCUUUGUUAAUUUUACCGAUUUCUCAAUAACGACUACAAAUUUGAUUACUAAUGAUGUCAUACACGUAAAUGGUGCUAGAGAUAUGUUUGUGGGAGACUCCCUUGCAUUGAAAGUCACCUUCGAGAAUAUGCAGAACGCAUACGGUAUACCCGAACACGGUGAUAACUUAAAAUUAAAAGAUACUAAAAAUGACGAGCCGUAUAGACAUUACAAUUUGGAUUACGGUUACUACCAAACGGAAUCACGUGAAUCCUUAUAUGGAAGUGUCCCAGUGCUCUACGCACAUGGAGUACGCCCUGAAGGAGAAUCACAUGUUUCAGGAGUAUUCUGGCACAAUCCGGCGCAAACUUUCGUUGAUAUUGACCAUUCCAAUAAUUCAAUUACUGUUGAUUUUAUAUCACAAGCAGGUACCCUGGAUUUGUUUAUUCUUCCCGGUGGUGAUUUCAAAUCUGCGGUUAGCAACUAUGUUAAGUUGACCGGUACCGCACCAUUGCCGCCUCUUUUUGCGAUGGGGUACCAUCAAAGUCGCUACAGUUAUCUUACUCAGGAAGAUGUGCUUCGAGUUGCUAAAGGUUUGCAAGAUGGCGAAUUUCCACUAGACGUUAUGUGGUUAGAUAUUGAUUACACAGAUGGUAAAAGGUACUUUACAUGGGAUUACAAUGCUUUUCCAGAUCCCAUAGCUAUGCAAUACGAGCUCUCACAGAGAAACUUACGAUUGGUAACAAUCAUCGAUCCUCAUAUCAAAGCUGAAAAUGGAUAUUUUGUCUAUGAUCAGAUGAGAGAAAAUGGGUAUUAUGUGAUGAAUCCUGAUGGUACUAUCUAUCAAGGUAGCUGUUGGCCUGGUUUGAGUUCUUAUGUAGAUUUCUUUAACCCGGAUGCACUAAACUGGUGGAGCAGUCUUUAUGGCUAUAGUACUUAUGCAAACACUACGGCCAUUGUACAUAUCUGGAACGAUAUGAAUGAACCAUCCGUUUUUGACGUUGAAGAAAAAACGAUGGCUUGGGACAUCCUCCAUUACGGAAAUAUUCAACACAAAGAAGUACACAAUAUGUACGGUCACAUGCAAACUAAGGGCACCUAUCAGGGACUUGUAAAUCGAGAAGAAGGCCAUCAGCGUCCUUUCUUAUUAACGCGUUCUCAUUUUGCUGGUACCCAACGCUAUGCUGCUAUUUGGACCGGUGAUAACAUCGCCACUUGGGAGCAUCUGAGAGUUUCAAUCCCGAUUUGUUUGAGUGAAGCACUAGCAGGAAUAAGUUUCUGUGGCGCUGAUGUGGGAGGCUUUAUUGAACGACCAUCAGACGAGCUGUUUCAACGGUGGUAUCAACUGGGUGCGUGGUAUCCGUUCAUGCGCGCGCAUAGCAACAACGAGCAAGAUUACCGCGAGCCUUUCCUCUAUCCCGAAGAAAUUCAAGGACGAUUUAGAACAGCACUUCGUCAACGGUAUGCCCAUCUUCCUUAUUGGUAUACUACCUGGUAUGAACACCAACGUUAUGGUCAACCGGUGAUGCGUCCGCUGGUAUACAACUAUCCCAAUGAUGAAAAUGUCAACGCAAUCGACACCGAAUUCAUGAUAGGUGACAACAUCCUCAUCGCCCCUGUUUUAUACGAAGGAGCCAAUGAACUAGACGUCUAUCUACCUGAAGAAGACAUUUGGUUCUACUUAUCCAACAAAGAGCAAAAUGAAUUCAGAGUUAUAUCAUCAAGCCAUGUUCGGUCAGUUGAUAUGGAUAGCGUGCCUGUUUUCUAUCGCGGUGGUAGUAUCAUCCCGAGAAAAGAUAUCGUUCGCGGUUCUACACAGCUAAUGCAGGAAGAUCCAUAUAAUCUGUACAUUUUUGCAAAAAACAAUAAUGCAUCAGGUACGCUCUAUGAGGAUGACACUGUUAGCUUUUCCUACCAGAGCAAUGAAUACAAUUAUCUAUCGCUCACUUUCGAUGGCAUAAAGAUGGAAAGUAAAGCAAUUGACACGUUUUCAUCUUAUAACGGCCACUUUUCGAUUGGAUCCGUGUUCAUUUACUUCGAUGAGAUGCCAUCAGUAUUUUAUGCUCAAGCUGUUUUAACGUCCGAUGGAUCUACCACUAAAUAUCCAGUUUUGCAAUUUGAAAACAUGCUGCAAAUCGAUUUUAACACUGUCAUUGAAGAUAGGAAUUUUGAUUUUGUGUUGAAGUACCUUUCUGUGAACUAAGUAUAUUUGUGUAUAUAUAAAAGAAGUAUAUAAAUUGCAUUUAUAAUUGAUUAAAAAACAUAAUUUCUUCCAUUA